CUCAUUAGUUUUCCCACAAUGCAAUGCGCAUCUGUCAUGGCUGCUCACUGAUGCCACUUGCAGCACAUGGGUGGGAACAAACAUUUAAUAUCUGUCUGAGAAAAACGACUUGGCUCAUUAAUAACGCGACUAAUCGCCGGCUUUGACCUGGGACCGUCCUGACUGAAGACAGCAGGCUCAGAGGCGUUCAGUCAUGCUGCUGGACGCGCAGAUCGGCGUCCUGCGGGGCUUUCUAACAGCCAGCCAGGCAGCGGAGUGGAAGCAGACUGUUUUCACGGCUGCAGAGUCGGGCUCUCUGCUGGAGUCUUUGAUGGAUGGAGACUUUGAGGCAGUUCUGCUGAGCCCCCAGGUCUUAGAUCUGCUCUCUGGAGACGGCAGCUGCAAUGAAGGGGAGGACGUCGAGGCCUACCUGGAGAGACGGGUCCUGCAAUACCUGACUGGUGGCACUAAUGAUGAUCAGAGCAACAGGGAGCUGGCAGUGAUGACCCUGGCUGCCUCCUGCCUCCACAUGUUUGCCCAGAGUAACUGGACUGGUCCUCCGGUCUCCAUCCAUAUCUCUGACCUGCUGCCCUCGGCUCUGCUCUCCUCUCAGACCCAGACCCUGGAUGAGACUAUCCACUCCUGUCUGCUCCUGGAUGGAGAGUCCGUGUACAGCCUGGUGGCCAACCCCUUCCUCCUCCUGCUGGCCAGGGUUAUUCUCACCAAAUGCUCCUCCAAGAUGGACAGCCUUCAGCUGCUCCCCUGGUGGACCCUGCGCUACAUCAACCUGCACCAGCAAAUCCUAGAGGCACGUUCUCCACAGCUCCUCAACUUGGCCCAAAGCAGCAUGGACCAAGUGCUGAAAUGCAAGUCUUUGUUCUUGGAGCACAGAAACCUGGCUAUCCAGUUCCACUUGGAGUGUGUCUACACUAAUCUGACCUACUAUGAAUAUCAGCCAGCCAAGGAACACAUCAACGCGGCCCAGGAACUCUCAAAGCUGAAUAUCAACAUGACUGGUGCCCUUGGCAAACGUACCCGUUUUCAGCAGAAGUAUUUGGCUCAGCUCAUCCUUGAGGUCAAGAGAAUGCAAGACCAACCGAGCCAGACAGACACUGAAGCGACUCCUGUCCCCACACCUCAAGCAAUGCUGCCCAAGGACUGCAGUCUGGGUGAUGACACCGUGUUGGAUAAGAUCAAUUUAGCAGAGCCAGAUCAGUAUGAGCUGCCUGACCUCAGCGCUGAGGAGCAGGCCGUCAUCCUGGGCAUUUGCACUGACUUCCAGAAGAACAAUCCUGUCCACAAACUGACAGAAGAGGAACUCCUGGCCUUCACAUCUUGUAUACUGUCUCAACCUAAAUUCUGGGCUGUACAGGUCACAGCGCUCUGCCUCAGGGCCAAACUGGAAAGAGGGAAAUCUCGGUGUAUUGAGAGAGCCAUGAUGCAAACCCAGGCGAUAGUAGACCACUUUGAAGACAAGAACUGUCCCGUGACUGAGCGCCUCAAGGUCUUCUACUGCUGCCAUGCUCAACCCAGAUGGGUUGUCCAGAAACAGCUGGCCAGCCUGCUGACAGACCUCGGCUGCACCAGUUCAGCUCUGCUUAUGUAUGAAAAGCUGGAGCUCUGGGAGGAUGCAGUGAUCUGCUAUGAGAGGCUGGGCCAACAUGGCAAGGCCGAAGAGAUUGUUCGCAGGGAGCUGGAGAAGAAGGAGACACCCAGUAUGUACUGCCUGCUGGGAGACAUCUUGAGGGACCAUCAGUAUUACGACCGGGCAUGGGAGCUGUCGGGCCGACGCAGUGCCAGAGCCAUGCGCUCCAAAGCCCUGCUUCACCUCCGCAAGAAGGAGUUCCAGCAGUGUGUCGACUGCUUUGAGCAGUCACUCAAAAUCAACGCCAUGCAGCUUGGAGUGUGGUUUUCUCUGGGUUGUGCCUACUUUGCCCUGGAGGGCUAUGAGGGAGCUGCCAAGGCUUUCCAGAGGUGUGUGGGACUAGAGCCAGACAAUGCAGAAGCUUGGAACAAUCUCUCCUCAGCCUACAUACGCCUCCGCAAGAAAAACAAAGCCUUCCACACCCUGCAGGAAGCCCUGAAGUGUAAUUACGAACACUGGCAGAUCUGGGAGAACUUCAUCACCGUGAGCACUGACAUUGGGGACUUUGCUGAAGCCAUCAAGGCCUAUCAUCGUCUGAUGGACCUCAGGGAAAACUACAAGGACAUCCAGAUUCUACAGAUCCUAGUCAAGGCAGUUGUGGAAAACCUGACAGACAGCCAUGGUGAGCAGGCAGGAUCUCUCAAGCCCAAACUGAAGGAGCUCCUGGGUCGGGUCACUUCCCGCCACAGCAGUGACGCCGAGAUUUGGCGGCAGUACGCGCUGUUGUAUGGUGACGGUCACAGCUCCAACCCAGAAGAUAACGAAAAGGCACUGCAGUUCCUGUCUAAGGCCCAUCGCUGUGAGGUUCAGGCUGGCGGCUGGGAGAAGGAACCUGCUCUCUUCAAGGAGGCGAUCAAAAGAGCCAUCAGUAUGGGCAAUGUGACCAUCAGCUGCAGUAAGACGAAGAGUAAUCCAACAGAAGCUCUUCAGAUGCUCUCCUCCACCCGCCUCAGCCUCAGGAGUCUGGCCACCAAAGCUAAGCAAAUGCACACCGACGUGGCCACAGGUCAGAUCCACACUGAGCUGCAGGAUGGAGUCACUGCGCUGGAGCAACUCAUCACAGAGCUGCAGGAACUGAGUGGGAAGCUGCGUGACCAAUCACAGUGACCAUCCUCACAGACACGCCCCCCCUUUCUUCAUCUCUGAAGGCUCCUCAGCAGUGGAGACUAACAAGAGACAGACAGACUCUACAUCUGCAGUCUGCAGCCUUGUGUAAUGUUGAACCCCUUUAAACCAAGAGUACAACUGAAGAGGACUCACCUUAUAAUCACGAGGUUUUUAUACGUAUCAGUCCACAUUGGAGUCUUAACGGUGACUGUAAGGCAUCAAGAAAUAAAAUAUUUUAAAUUUUAAA